GAGAGAGAGAGAGAGAGAGAGAGAGAGAGCAUCAAGUCACCAGGAUAGGCUCCACCAUCCACAGACUGUUAGGUGCAAGUGACACAAGGAGACUAUAUUCCUCUAAAAUAAUGGAUGGGACAAAGCCGGCCAUGGAGUCCAACGCGGAGGAGACUCAAGACGAGGGACAAGAGAGCAAAGGAUGUUUCGAGUGCUGCAUCAAGUGUCUGGGCGGGGUGCCCUACGCCUCCCUGGUGGCCACCAUCCUCUGCUUCUCAGGCGUGGCUCUGUUCUGCGGCUGUGGCCACGUGGCUCUGACCGGCACCCUGACCAUGCUGGAGAACCACUUCUCCAGGGUGACCACGGACCACGCCACCCUCGCAUUGGUGAUCCAGAUCUUUCAGUACAUCAUCUACGGCAUCGCCUCCUUCUUCUUCGUCUACGCCAUCAUCCUGCUGGCUGAGGGCUUUUACACCACCAGCGCCGUCAAGAAGGAGCUGCAGAGCGACUUUAAGACCACCGUCUGUGGACGCUGCAUCACUGCCUUCUUCAUGUUCCUGACCUACAUCCUCGCGCUGGCCUUCUUCGCCAUCUUCGGCUUCACGGCGAUACCCGUUUUCCUCUUCUUCAAUAUGUGGAAUACCUGCACUGCCAUGAAGUCUCCUGACGCCAACAUCACCUCACCUGACUCCAUCUGUGUGGACGUCAGGCAGUACGGUAUUAUUCCCUGGAACGCCACUCCGGGAAAAGCUUGUGGAGCCACACUGGGAGACAUCUGUAACACCAGCGAGUUCUACCUGUCCUACCACCUCUACAUUGUUGCGUUCGCCGGCGCCGGUGCCACCGUCAUCGCAUUGAUCCAUUAUCUGAUGAUUUUGGCGGCCAACUGGGCCUACCUGAGGAGCGCCGUCUCCACGCACGAGUACCAGGACAUCAAGACCAAGGACGACCAGGAUGUGGAGGCCGAGGCGCGCUCCAAGGAGGGCCAGAACUCCUCCUACUCAUAAGGACAAGCGAUCCUCUCCCGCCGCCAACCAUCUCCUUCUCCACACCUCAACCCCCCCACCCUGUAACACCCAGCGCACACCCCUCCCUCCGUUAAAACAAACCACCUCGGUCAUGUUUGAUAGUCCCCCAACCUCCUGAUUCUCCAUCCUCUUCCCGUCCAUGAUGCUUGUUAAGAGUUGUGAGCUCACACCAAAAGGGAAGAGAAUAGAGGAUCAGGAGGAGUGGCAGGCCCAGACGGAGGCAGAUGCUUCAGAACGGGAGAGCUCGCCCGCCGGGUUCGAGCUCAGGUAAGCAAUGUUACAUCAGUUCAGAAGCGUCUCCUCCCCCACCCCGCUUGUGGGGG